AUGAAAAAGAUGGAUAUGAAAGUUAGUGUAGAGAGGCUGAAAGCGUCAUGUAAAAUUAUCAUUAAUAACUUAAAACACCAGAAUAAAUAUUUAAUUUUUGUUAAAAAAGGUAAAUUAAUAAAUAUCAAAAAAAAGGAUAAUGAAGAAAAGCAUAGAAGAGAUCAUAUUUUUCAGAAUAAUUCAGGAUAUUAUAAAAAUAAUGCUCAUAUUAAUAGUAGUAUUAAUUUUUCUUUCUUUUUUUUGAACUCAUUUAUUCAUGAUAUAAAGGAACAUAAUAAAUUAUAUUUAUUGAAUAAAAGAUAUUUAAGUAGUAAUAUAUUUUAUACACAAAGGGUUAAAGAAUAUGAAGGUGCAAAUAAUAAACGCAUUGGUUUUGAACAUAUUAUAAGAAUUUUGAAAUCUUUAACAAAUGUAAAAUAUAAUAAUAAGGUGAAUUAUAGCCUAGAAAAAAAAUUGAUAUUGUUAUUACCACAUAUAUAUGAAGAAUGUAGAAUGAAUUAUGUACACAUGUCAUGUAUUUUAUAUAAUUUUCAUAAAUUAAAAAAUAAGAUUUCAAAUGAAUAUAAAAAAGGAAUUUACAACGAAUUUAACAAGAUAUUUGUACAUCAUAUAAAUCAAUUUAGUUUAAAAGAAUUAAUUAUUAUAUUAAAAUGCUUACUAGAAGAAAAAUAUGUACAAAAUGAUAAAAUUAUACAUUUUUGUAUUUUUAAAUUCAUCUAUUAUAUGUGUAUGGAUAUAUUAUAUAACAAUAGAAAUGAGAACUUUUCUUUAAAUUUUCUAAAAAUUUUAACAAAUGAUCCUUUCAAAGAAUAUAUCAAAACGUUUUUUGUCUUAAAUAUUAAUAAAAUAAAUAUAAAUGAUGAUAUAAAUUGGUUUUAUAAUUUUUUAUGUAAUAAUAGUUUAAAUACAGAUCAUAAUAAAAAUAUUUCUGAUAUUGUAGACAAAAUAUGUACUUCGAAAUAUAUAAAUACAUUUUUUACCUUGCACGAUGUAGCUACCUUUUUAAAUUUACUUAAAACAUAUAAUAAUAUAAAAGGUUUACAAUUAUAUACGUUUUUAUCACACAUAUAUAUAUCCUUUAAUUAUAUAAAUAUAGUUCAACCUUUUUAUGAACAUAUAGAAGAAAAUUUUUUGUCUUAUGAACGUGGUGAGAAAUUACACUUUUCAAAAAAAGGAUAUAUGAAAAGUGAUAUAGUAGAUAGGAAUAAAUAUAUAGAUGAAACAAAUUCAGAUGAUUUAGAAAAAAAAAAUAAAAUGUUGAUAGAAAAUAUCUCAAAAAAAAUGAUUAGUACAAAAAAAGAUAUAAUUUACAACGUAAUUCAUUGUAAUGAUAAUAAAGAUAAUACAAAUAAUAUAUGCAAAAUUAGUAUGAGAGAAAAUGUGCAUAGCUUAUCUGUUAUUAUAUAUUUAAGUAUUAAGAAUAAAUUGAAUAAUAAAUUUUUAUACAUCCUAGGGAAUUAUUUAUUAUUGGAACGUAUAGAAUAUAUAAAUUUAAUGGAUAUAUGUAACAUAUUUGAUUUACUUAUAUAUAAUAAUGAUAUUUUUAAUAAUAAUAAUAUUUUGUGUCAAGAUAAAUAUCAUCUAAUUUUUAAAAGAAUAAAAAAUUUAAUUAUUAAAGAAAAGUCUUACAAGUCAUAUGCCAUAUGCUGUAUAUCUAUAACGAGAGCGAAAAAUGAAUUAUCUACACAUUUCAAUAAUCAUGUUAUUAAUAUAUAUAAAAUAAUUUUGAAAAAAAUAAAUUAUCAAAAAAUAUAUAAAAGGGAGAAUAUUGUUAUAUUUGUUAAUAUUGCAAAUUUUAUGAAAGACCAGAAAAUAAGUGCUUUGUUUUAUUUUUAUUAUUUAAAAAAAUUUUCAUAUAAUUUUUUAAAAACGUUAAUUAAUAAUAAUGAAAUUAAUAAUAAUAGGACAUGUCAAGAUAUAUUCAUAAAUAUAAUCGAUUUGUAUGAUAUUCUUAAAACAUUUACUAAUAUAUUGAAAAUAUAUGAAAAGAAUAAUUAUUUUGAUGUUAUCAAAAAUAACGAUAUAACACAAUCUUUAAAUUUAUGCAUGGAAUACAUACUACAAUUCUUAGAAAACAUAUGUUUUAAUAAAAUUUUAAAAAAUGACGAUAACUAUAAUGUCAAUAAGUUAAAAAUAUUAAAUCAAAUUUGUUUCCAUGUAAAUUCAUUCUUUGUCUUAUUUAAGAAAAUUGAAGAAUCCAAUAAAAUACAUAAAUCAACAAAAGUAUAUUAUUUUAAUAUCCUAAAGAAUUUUAAAAAGGAUAUUUUAAAUUAUCAUAAAAAAGAUCUGUUUACUAUCAUAUAUGAUAAGAACAGGAAUAUAAAUCAUAAUAUUGAUAAAAUUGAAAAAAUAUAUAAUAAUAAUAUUAAUAAUAAGACGAUGAAGAAGAAAAAUGUUUUAAAUAUUUUCAAUUUUUUAUUUACCUUUAAUGGAUAUAAUAAUAACACAAAGUUGUUAUGA